GCCAUUAAAGUAACCAUCUUCGUCCUUGAAAAGAAUGUGAUCUUCCCCAUUAAUCAGCUAGAUUUUACAACAACCAAAUGAUGCCUUCUCUCCUCUCAAAACCUUUUGAAUUUCUCCUCCUUUCAUCCCUCCUACUCUUCAUCUUCCACCUCCCAACUACCACUGCAGAUCUUCUCUUCACCUCCUGUCCAAGCGCAGCUAAUUACACCGCUAAUAGCACGUUUGGAACUAACCUCAAUCUCCUCCUCUCUUCUCUUUCCUCCAAUGCUUCACUCACCGGCUUCUCCAACAACACGAUUGGCGAAAACGCAAACCGAAUCUACGGCCUUGCACAAUGCAGAGGCGACACCCCACCCACCACAUGCCGUGAUUGCCUCAACACCGCAACCCAAGAACUCCUCGAAAAGUGCCCUAACAGGACAGCAAUUACUUGGUAUGAUGAAUGUCUCUUGCGCUACUCCACCGAACGAAUCUUAUCAUCUUCUUCGAAUUCCCCAAUAUAUUACAUGUGGAAUAUACAAAAUCAAUCGGACCCAGAUCGCUUUAAUCAGAUCGUGGACCAGAUGAUGAAUGGUCUUGUUUCGAGGGCAGCUUCUAGCCCGCGUAUGUAUGCGACGAAUGAAACGAAUUUCACCGAAUUCCUAUCGAUAUAUGGGCUUAUGCAGUGCACAAACGAUCUGACGAGGAGAGACUGCGGUGCGUGUUUAGAAGAUGCUGUGGGUCGGAUUCCUACGUGCUGUAAUGGAAAACAAGGUGGGAGAGUUAUUGGGUCGAGUUGCAAUUUGAGGUAUGAGACGUACAAGUUCUACCAGGACUUGGGCACAGCACCGGCUCCUCCAUUAACCAACACAACUACCGCGGGAAAAAAGGGAAGCUCAUCUCGAACUACUGUCAUCAUUGUCAUUCCUAUAGUUGUUGCAAUUGUUCUCAUCUCCAUCAUAGCUGCUUGUUUCCUUAGGAGGAAAAAGAAGAAACCAUUGAUCGGUCAUGGUGUUGAAGGAAACGAGGAGUCACUGCAUUUUGGUUUGGGUACAAUAAGAGCUGCAACUGAUAACUUCUCUGAAUACAAUAAGCUUGGAGAAGGUGGAUUUGGUGCUGUUUAUAAGGGUAGGCUUUCAGAUGGACAAGAAAUAGCUGUGAAGAGGCUCUCUCGCCACUCUGGACAAGGUUUGGAAGAAUUCAAGAAUGAGGUUGCGCUAAUUGCUAAACUUCAACACAGGAAUCUUGUUAGGCUCUUAGGUUGCUGCAUCGAAGGAGAAGAGAAGCUUCUCAUCUAUGAAUAUGUGCCCAAUGCCAGCCUCGACAAGUUUCUGUUUGAUCCAAAUAAAAAAGCAAAUCUGGAUUGGCAAAGGCGCUAUAAAAUCAUCGGAGGAGUGGCUCGAGGCCUUCUUUAUCUUCAUGAAGAUUCUCGACUUAGGAUUAUACAUCGGGAUCUCAAAGCUAGCAAUGUUUUAUUAGAUGUGGAGAUGAAUCCAAAAAUCGCAGAUUUUGGUAUGGCUAGGAUUGUUGGAGUGGACCAAACUCAGGGCAAUACAAAUCGAAUUGCAGGGACAUAUGGAUACAUGGCCCCAGAAUAUGCCAUGCACGGACAAUUCUCUGUUAAAUCAGAUGUAUUCAGCUUCGGUGUUUUACUUCUGGAGAUCGUGACCGGUCAGAAGAACCGUGAUUUCUACCAGUCAGACCGCUCCGAGGAUCUUCCCAGCUACGUAUGGAAGCACUGGAAAGAUAGCACAGUUUUAGAGCUGAUUGAUCCAACUAUAAGUGAAUCUUUCUCAAGCAGCGAAGUGAUGCGAUGCAUCCACAUUGCAUUGCUAUGUGUUCAAGAAGAUGUGAUUGAUAGGCCCACCAUGUCAUCAAUUGUGCUCAUGCUCAACAGUUUCUCUAUGUCUCUCUCAGCACCUUCACAACCAGCAUUUUUUAUUGCGAGUAGAAUGGCUCCAGACAUGUCUAUGACAGAGUCCCAUACACAGACACGUGAGGUGAAUCAAUCUCCGGGUAUGGCAUCGCCAUGGUCUGUAAAUGAGGUGUCAAUUACUGAAUUAGAUCCUCGUUAGUGCAUCAGAUUAGAUGGUAUUUAAACUCUUUAUGCUAGUGAAAUGUUGAGAAUCUAGAUUUUAAUGAGACGGUCUGUAAAGUUUAAGAUGAUUAAUAAUGACUUUUUAUGUAAUAUCUUUGUUUGUACAAGUUCUCACUGUUCAUCAAGCAUGCCUUGACAUUGAUGUGCCUGAGGCAAAAAAUCAAACCAGCCUGCUCAGCGGUGGAAAAUGUGGACGGUGAAGAAAUAGCCAACGGUCCAGAUUCGAUUUACAAGAGUGGUUUGUUAGAGCUUUUCUUUUGAGGCCCAUCACUGAUUAGCAAUUUGGAUUGAACUUGGAUUUGAUGCCCCUCGCCAGGUCUUCAAACAGAAGGGAAAAGAUUUGCCCGCCAUGGACUGUCUCGCCACUGCUCAACCUUGGUCGGCUUUGGAACAGACAAUCACCCUAUCCGCACCUGCAACCGCCUUUCCUUGAAGCUUGGCUCCCACUAAGCGGUGAACAAAC